CGGAGAAGUGUCCCCCGGGAGCUGGUGGCACCCUCAUUAGGUAUCGGGAAGGGUCCAGGGAAAGAUCACAGAAUCAGGGAGGAUGCACCCUCAAUGGCCACGGAAUGUGAAGUCGUCUGUGCCGCGGAUGAGGACCUAGAGGCCGCCGAGCGCCGCCCGGUCUGCAGGGUGGACUCUGCAAGGAGAAUCUGUGCUGAGGACCGGUUGUGUCCUCGCGUCGUCACACUUGGGCUCCCUGUGACCUCCCCUCUGUCCCUGCACAGGCUGCUACCUGCCCAGCAACCCCGAGGCCAUCGUGCUGGACAUCGACUACAGGUCCAGGACACCCAUGCAGAGUGCUGCAAAAGCUCCAUAUCUGGCUAAAUUCAAGGUGAAACGAUGUGGAGUUAGUGAACUUAAAAAAGAAGGUCUGCGGUGCUGCUCGGACUCCGGGGAUGAGCAUGGCACGCAGGAGGCCGAUGGCCAGACGGUCUCCUGGCAGGCGGCCAUCUUCAAAGUGGGAGACGACUGCUGACAGGACAUGCUGGCCCUCCAGAUCAUCGACCUCUUUAAAAACAUCUUCCAGCUGGUCGGCCUGGACCUCUUUGUCUUCCCCUACCGGGUGGUGGCCACCGCCCCCGGGUGCGGGGUGAUCGAGUGCAUCCCCGACUGCACCUCCCCGGACCAGCUGGCCCGCCAGACGGACUUCGGCAUGUACGACUACUUCACACGCCAGUACGGGGACAAGUCCACCCUGGCCUUCCAGCAGGCGCGCUACAACUUUAUCCGAAGCAUGGCAGCCUACAGCCUCCUGCUGUUCCUGCUGCAGAUCAAGGACAGGCACAACAGCAACAUCAUGCUGGACAACAAGGGCCACAUCAUCCACAUCGGUCAGCCAGGCCCAGCGCCGCCCUCGUCCUCUCCCUUUCCCCUGGAGCCUGGGGCAGGGUAGCGAUCCCCACCCCACAGCAGA